GAGCUUUUGCGUAAUGAAAUACUUGAAAUUCCACGAAAAUAUAAUAUCACAAAUUAGCAAAGAGUAGCUUUUGCAGAGUGUGCCUAUCAGAUUUUCUCCACUCUUAUCGCGACAGCGCGGAGUUAUUAGCUUCUCAGUUGGGUGCAAAAGUGUCGAUAAAGCGGUCGUAUCGAUUCGACACUCGCGCUAGAACAUUACUCACCAAACAGUGGACUUUCUCUGCUCUUUUCGACCUCUUCUCCCAUCUCAAUUCGCACGCAGAAUCCCGCGAGAUUUCCUGCAAAGCAGUGAUAAAAAGAUGCUUGAUUGACCACCUUUUCCGUGCUAUGCAAAAUAGUUGACGUGUGUGAUAUCUAAGCGUUUUCUGUGAUGGUGUGCGAACAUUGAUAAGAAGUGAACAUUCCAAAGGAAUGCUCUGUGGCGAAGGGAGAAAAUGUUCCGGAAACACGUAAGAAAUGGCACUCGUUCCAAUCGAGACAGCGGCGUGGCAUCGAUGUCCAGCUUGCAGAGUGAGUUAGAGCACAAUGCAUCUUGUCGGACGUUCUAUAAAAUCUGCGAUCUCACUAAUCGCGAAGAAAGAUACGUGAAGAUGCUGCAAACGCUCGUGAUUGACUACAAGAAGUGCUUCACGCUCGCCCUCGAUCCACAUCACUUCUCGCCUGUCAGCUUGACUCGCUUGCGGAAGCUUUGCGGUCAGGAGAGGAAGAUUUUCUUCUUCUUUGAGCACCUCCUCGAUCUCCAUCGCGACUUCUGUGAACUCCUGCACGACUGCGAGAGCGCCGUUGAUGUUGGACGAAUCUUCCUCGAUUGGAUGAGUGAGAACGACCUGGACAUUUACAUCAAGCACUGGCUGCUGAAUCCACUGCAGCGUCAGGAAGUUCAGCAUGAGUUUGAUGCCUUCAUGAGUGAGUGUCUGGGGCAUGCAGAAAUUCUGGGACUCGAUGCUUACACAGCGCCAGCCAAUCAGUUGCACUACUACAAAAAGACUCUCUUGUCUCUCUGUGAAGUUUGCUCGUCCGUGGAGGAUCUCGCGGGUUUGCAUCUGAUCCAGAAGUCCCUUGAGGCACUCAGUGCCUUCAUCAGUCGCUGCGAUUUGUCCGCUGAGGCGUUGGACAUUGAAAACUCUGAGGCAAAUCUCGCCCUCAUCGGCCAUUGCGUGUCUCGCGGGGAAUUCCAAGCGCGCGAAUACACCGAAGGACUCAAGGUGAAGGUCAUCCUGCAGCUCUUCCAGCGCGGUCUCAUAGUCAUAUUGCCGCGAAAGUGUCCAAAAUCGCACGCGCUGCGUCACAUCUUCCACUCCUUCUACAAUCUGCAGCACGUCGACGUGAAGAGCACGGACGACACGAUCAGACUCAAGAGUCCAGAGACGGGAAAGACAUGCUAUAAGAUUAAGGAGCGACACACUCUGCUGAAGAAGAGCAAGAGUGUCAGCAUGAGGCAAUUCAUCGAUACAAUUGCCAUUCUCAAAGAGGAGGAACUCAACACUUCCGACGUCAUCCUGAGCACUUUCCAUCCACCUGUUGAGGCUGUUAAUCAUCACUUGAUUCACAGGAUGAGGUUUAGGACGUUCUCUUGGCGAUAUUAUGGUCUCUCAGUGCAUUCAAUAUCUUCCACUCUAGAAGACGAUGGCAAACAUCUGGAAGCCUUCAAUGUGGCCUUAAUAGAGAGAUUCACGCUGCAAGAACCGUCACGAAGACGCGAACUUCACGCAAUUCUUCACGCGAAGAUGGAGUUCUUUAGGCGCAUUCAAGAAAUGGAACGAGAACGCAUCGAUGAUCUCAUACUUUGUCCCGAUGAUUCCACUGAAGACUGUUUUUACGACUUAAUUGAUGAAUCAGAUCAUGAUUAA